GGUGUGUGCCAGGGGCGGACUGACCAUUUAGCCACUAUGGCACUGCCCGAGGGCCCAGGGCCAGUAGGAGGCCCCAUGAGAUGCCCCUGGUACCUUUCAUAGACUUUUUUGGGUGUGGUUUGAGUGUGGGGGUGAGGACACAAGGGCCCGAUGAUUUCCUAUUGCCCGGGGGCCCAAUGAGUUGUCAGUCUGCCCCUGGUGUGUGCUCUUCUUCACAUAUGGUCCCCAAAAUGCUUCUGUUUCCUCUUCUUCUAAGGGGGUUUGAUUGGAAGUAUGAUGCCCCUGGUACAUUUUUCAUAGGCUUUUUUGAGUUUGGGCAAGGACACAGGGGCCCCAUGAUCCCCUAUUGCCCGGGGGCUCCA